AUGGCCGAAGCAAAGCUGCCCAAUCGCGGCGUAGAAGUGCAAGUCGCCUACCCCGUCAAGAAGACCCAGGUAGUGAUCUCUGCCGGAAGCGUCGUGGAUUUCAGUGGAGACGCCAUCGUCAAUGCCGCAAACCGGGGGGGCUUGGGCGGCGGGGGCGUGGACGGCGCCAUCAACUCUGCAGGCGGGCCCGAACUCAUCGCCGCUCGCCGCGAGCUGCCGGUGCUUGACGACUCCGAGUACGGGGAUCGAAUUCGCACCGGAGAGGCUCGGGUGACGAUCGGUGGCAAGCUUGCGGUGAAAUGGGUGAUCCACGCCGUGGGGCCCAUCUACUGGGAGGUCGAAGGCGACGAUUUCAAAGCUGCGGAUGACCUGCUCUACGCUGCCUACGCCAGCUCCCUGAACAUCGCCAAGGAGAAGGAGGUCAAGUCCUUGGCGUUUUGCCUCCUGUCGGCAGGAAUCUUCCGCGGGGAGCGGGCGCUUUCGGCCGUGCUGGAGAUUGGAUGCCAGGCUGUCAAGGACCACGUCUAUGACGGUCUUGAGGAGGUCCACAUCGUGGCCUUUACAGAGACUGAGAUCGAUGAGCUGUUAGCUGCCGCGCAGCGCGUCUUCAGCGGCUCCAAGACUUUCGUGCGAGGGCGGUCUUGUCCGCAAUGCACAAUGCAGUAA